GCCGGCAGCAGCAGAGGAGGCAUCACGCCCGGCAGCCUGUCCCAUUUAGAACGGCAGCAGCUUCGUGUGUAUGGAACACCGCAAAGGGACUUGCGGCUUCCAUCUCGACCGUCACCUCCUUCGCUUCGCCCGCCAGCGCUGAGAACCUUCCGCCCAGGGAAGUUUACGCUCGGCGCUUGGGCAUCUCGGUUAAACCUGCGGCCGCUCUUGUCAAGUGGCGCAAACGUCCCGUGUCCGAAACUCAGCAUCUUCUUCCCUUGGCUCAGUUGGGGCGUGCGCCUGUCUGUCUGGUUGCCCGCCGGGUUUUGUUCGCUGCCCGUCCCUCAGCUGUCGCGCCUCGCUCGUUCGCCUUGGAAAGCGACCACCACCUCCCGUAUAAAAACCACAAACUCCGAGGUUUCCCUAAGGGAAGUAGCCUUGCCUCAUUGGAUUGCCUUGGGAUUGAUCACCUCAGCCGGCGCUUGAAGUCUUCCCAAGCGGCAUGGUGGGGCUAAAAAUGCUUCCAUUGAAGCUGCUCUUGGUGGCCCUGGUCCUCUGCUUCUUUGAAGGGGAAACCAAGUUUGGCGAGACCACUGCCAAGAGGAGAAGGUGCUUGAAUGGCAGCCUCCCCAGACGCCUGAAAAAGCGAGACAGGAGGCUGAUGCUCCUAGAGCCCCCCAACAGAGGGGAGCUGUUGUGCCAGGGAUUCUACCCUCGCCUGUCCUGCUGCUCCAGGGGUGAGAGGCAAGGAUUGCUCCAGAUAGAGAGCAACAAGAUCUUUUCUGUUACCAACAACACAGAAUGUGUGAAGCUGCUGCAGGAGAUCAGAUGUGCUCACUGUUCACCGAAUGCUCAGAAUCUGUUCCACUCAACUGUGAAGGAAGCAUUGGAAAGAGAACUAGCCCUUCCUUUCCUGUGCAAGGAUUAUUGCAAGGAAUUCUAUUACACUUGCAGAGGUCACAUCCCAGGUUUGCUCCAAAUUACUGCUGAUGACUUUUGUUUCUACUAUGCAAGAAAAGAUGAUGGUCUCUGCUUUCCAGAUUUUCCAAGAAAACAAGUUCGAGGACCAUCUUCUAACUAUUUGGAUCAAAUAGAAGAAUAUGGCAAAGGAGAAGAUUUAAGCAGGAAACAUAAACACAAUUGCUUUUGCCUCCAUGAAGUUGUAAGUGGUUUCAGGCAACCUGUUGGAGCAGUACAUUCUGGGGAUGGAUCACACCGUCUUUUCAUCCUUGAGAAGGAAGGAUAUGUGAAAAUAUUAACACCUGAAGGAGAUAUAGUCAAAGAACCAUUUCUGGACAUACACAAAAUUGUUCAAAGUGGAAUAAAGGGUGGAGAUGAAAGAGGGCUCCUAAGUCUUGCAUUCCAUCCCGAUUACAAAAAAAAUGGGAAGUUGUAUCUGUCCUAUACCACCAACCAAGAACGAUGGGCUAGUGGGCCUCAUGACCAUAUUCUUCGGAUAGUAGAAUACACUGUGUUCAGGAAGAAUCCACACCAAGUUGAUAUGAGGACUGGAAGACCUUUCCUAGAAGUUGCAGAACUACAUAGAAAACAUCUUGGAGGACAGCUGUUUUUCGGUGCUGAUGGGUUUUUAUAUAUAAUCCUUGGUGAUGGAAUGAUCACAAUAGAUGAUAUGGAGGAGAUGGAUGGUCUGAGUGAUUUUACAGGUUCGGUACUGCGGUUGGAUGUAGACACUGAUUUCUGCCAUGUGCCUUAUUCCGUACCACAGUCUAACCCACAUUUUAACAGCACUAAUCAGCCUCCUGAAAUUUUUGCCCAUGGACUCCAUAAUCCAGGCAGGUGUGCAGUGGAUCGCCAUCCAACAGAUGUAAAUAUUAAUUUAACAAUACUUUGUUCAGACUCGAAUGAGAAGAACAGAUCAUCAGCAAGGAUUCUUCAGAUAAUAAAAGGAAAAGAUUAUGAAAGCGAACCUUCACUUUUAGAAUUUAAGCCAUUCAGUUCUGGACCACUGGUUGGUGGAUUUAUAUACAGAGGUUGCCAAUCUGAAAGACUUUAUGGAAGUUACAUAUUUGCAGACCGCAAUGGGAAUUUUUUAACACUACAACAGAGUCCUAUUACAAGACAGUGGCAAGAAAAACCAUUAUGUAUGGGCAACAGUGGUUCAUGUCAGGGUUUCUUUGCUGGACACAUUUUAGGAUUUGGUGAAGAUGAAUUGGGUGAGAUUUACAUCUUAGCAAGCAGUAAAAGCAUGACACAAUCACAUAAUGGAAAACUCUUUAAAAUCAUUGAUCCCAAAAGGCCUUUAAUUCCAGAAGAAUGUAAAAGAACAGCAUUUCCUGCCCAGAUAUUGACAUCUGAAUGCUCAAGGCAUUGCCAAAAUGGGCAUUGUACUCCCACUGGAAAAUGUUGUUGUAAUCAAGGCUGGGAAGGUGAAUUCUGCCGAACUGCAAAGUGUGAUCCAGUCUGUCGACAUGGUGGUGUCUGCAUACGACCAAAUAAAUGCUUGUGUAAAAAAGGAUACCUUGGUUCUCAAUGUGAACAAAUGGAUAGAAACAUCCGAAGAGUGACAAGGGCAGGUAUUUUUGAUCAGAUCAUAGACAUGACAUCUUAUUUGCUGGAUUUAACCAGCUACAUUGUAUAGUUUCUGGGACUAUUUAGAGACACUACAUUUUCAAUGGGCAUAUAUUUUUGAAUCUUCUCUUUCCUUUUAUUUGUAAAGACUGUUUUCCUGCUUUGAAACUUCAAUGAUUCCUUUGGAUGUGUAAAUCUGUCUUUAUUUUCAGAAAUGUACCCAUUCACUUACAAAUAUCUGAUUGCAUAAUUAGUGGAACAUUAACAUUACAUUUUCAGGUGGAAUAAUUUACAUGGAAAUUCCACUGGAAGCUACAGAAAAUAUCACUGAUGUCAUUAUGAAUUCUUUGAUGUUCUACCAAUGUUAAUCUAUCAUUAUUUUAUUAUUGCAAUCAGAAAGGAGUUCUGAAAUUUUUGAAAUAAUUAGAAAAAAAAGUACAAAAAUGACAAAUGGAUUCAGAUGACCACUUUUCCAUCGAAUAUUACAUAUGGCCAUUUUUUUCUCCCAUUAAAACCUUUUUUUAAAGGUUAAGAAAGCUAAUAUAGCAAGAGCUACAGGUAGUCAGUGAUGGGUUUCAAAUUUUUUUACUACCAGUUUGCUUGUGUGCAUGCACAACACUUCUGCACAUAUGCAGAAGCAUCUGGAUGGGUCGGCAGAGUCUCCUGCUGCCUCUACUACCGGUUUGCCCGAAGGGGGAGCAACCCACCUCUGCAGGUAGCCCUUUCUUAACAACCACA